UGAGUUUGAACGGCUGUGUGAGUCUAUAUGUUCAGGCUUAAAGAGUGCUCGACUUCCGCUGCAGUGAAAAAAGUGGGGCCGCAAUGGCCGUGACAUGCAGGCAGGAAGCAGAGACCUGGCCUGGGCUGAACUCAGUCCUCAGGCCGGAGCUGAGAAUGGACGUUUAGGGUGGACGAUAACCUAAAGUAUGUCCAAACGCUCCAGCUUUAACGUAUGAACUCCAAAUGGAACGCAGCCUAUAGAGGAAACAGCCUGCACCCAACAACAUGCACUGAGGCAAGGGAGCCAGAAGCAGCAGCAGCAGCAGCACGGUCAAAUCUGUGAAAUGUGCAGGGCCUCUACAAAGCCAUUAUCGCAUUAACCGAGUGGGGCAACACAUCCAGCAACCACACAGACAGACAGACAGACAGUCAGGCAGUCUGACGGUCACAAACAGAGCAGCUCGGGCCGGUCUGAAUGUGAGGUGAAACUGCAGACAGGUAGAGAUGCGGAGAGUUCGAAGAAAAGGAGGGAACAAAGACAAGGUGUUUGGAUGUGAUCUGCUGGAGCACCUGGCCGCCUCCAAUCAAGAGAUUCCUCAGGUCUUGCAAUACUGCAGUGAGUUUGUUGAGAAACAGGGAAUCGUGGAUGGCAUCUACAGGUUGUCUGGAGUAUCGUCCAACAUACAGAAACUAAGGGGUGAGUUUGAGAGUGAGGGGACUCCAGAUCUGCACAAGGAUGUGUACCUGCAGGACAUCCACUGUGUCAGCUCUCUGUGUAAAGCUUAUUUCAGAGAGCUGCCCAACCCUCUGCUCACAUACCAGCUGUACGACAAGUUUGCGGAGGCUGUGGCCAUCCAGCUGGAGGAGGACAGGCUGGUAAAGAUCCGAGAUGUGCUGCAAGAACUACCGGCACCACAUUACAGGACUCUGGAGUUUCUGAUGCGCCAUCUUGUCAGAAUGGCCUCUUAUUGCUCAGAGACCAACAUGCACUCCAGGAACUUGGCCAUCGUCUGGGCCCCCAAUCUGCUCAGGUCCAAGGACAUCGAGGCGUCUGGGUUUAACGGUACAGCAGCCUUCAUGGAGGUCAGGGUUCAGUCCAUCGUGGUGGAGUUCAUCCUCAACCACGUCCCUCAGCUGUUUCCUGAACAAGGUGCAUCAAACGAGAGAAGAAAGUCCCUCCCCUCCCCGUCAGCGAUUUCCAAUCAGGAGGAAGGGUUUUUCAAGUCCUCUUCUAUGAAGCCUCUCCACAACUUUGGUAAUAUCAGUCCAGGAGACGGUCCUCUAGCCAUGAGACCUUACCACUCCAUCAUCGAAGGCACUGACAAGAGGAAAGGAUCUCUCAAAGGCAGGAAGUGGAUGUCCAUCUUCAACAUCGGGGGGCGGUUCCAGGACAACCGGCGGAGGCACAAACACUCAGCCAAAGAGAAAGACAGGCCUGCUUUGAGACCGGCAAGAAGCAUGGACUCCCUCAGCACCCCACCCUAUCCAAACGAAGUUUCCAGACGUACCGGCCAGCGCCCUCCAUCCACCAAGUUGUCUCCCCUGGUCACCCCCUCCCCCAACUCUGGCUCCGAGGUCACGGCAUCUGCCGGCGCGAUCGGUGGCAGUGAAUAUGCCGUGACGUACCGCAGGGGAACAGGGUUAGUGAGCGGGGGUUCGGGGACCCAGGGCACCUACACUUCCUUUGGCUCCGAAGGUUUGGGAGUCACAGGCAACAAGACUCAGUCCAGAUCCCCGGGACUCUCCACUAAAGUGGGCCGAAGAGCAGCCAUGCACAUCACAGGGCCCACCACGGUCACUGUGCCCCUUCACAUCACCUCCAACCUGGCAUUAGGGGUGCUGCAGGGGGGCGGGGGCGACAGGGUCAUCCACCGGGGCAGGGAUAAGGAUGCAGGGGACAGGGUGGAAGGGAGGGAAGGAGGAGAGAAGGUGGAGAGGAGUGAAAGCAGAGGAAUGGAAAAGAAGGUGGAAGAGAGCAGAAAGGUUGAGGAAGAGGAGAAGAAUUCCAGUGAGAAAGUGACAGGCAAGAAAGGAGUGGCGGAAGCAGCAUGGAAUACAGUGGCAGGUGGUGGUGGGGAGGAAGAACGGGAAGUACAGAAAGAGGAGGAGGAGAAGGAGGAAGAGGAGGAGGAAGUCAGAGAAGAAUGUAGCUGCAAGCCAGAGCUUGAAGAUGUGCCCAGAGAGGAACGAGCCUCCAACACCGAGGGAGAUACUGCUGUGGGUGAUGACAAGGAUGGUGACGACUACAUGGACCGUGCUUCAUUUCCAGAUAUGAAAGGGCUGAAGCCAGCUGAUUGUGAGCCAGUGGUGACUUCGCCUGCUGGAGACUGUGUGUUUGACGCGUCUGACUUACAUAACUCCACUGCGGUGGAGGGGGACGACCAGGAGAUGUCGGGCUACGUUCAAGAUAACUUUGAAUUCCUGGACCAAAUGGACUGCAUGGACAGCAGUGUCUCCUACCAGGUGACCGAGUUCUCCGUUGAACCUCCUGGAUACUCAGAUGAUGAGUAUGAAGUGAUGGUGCAAGCGCGGCCUUCCAGUCAUCCUGCAGAGCUGCAGACAGACCUGCCACCAGCCCCUCAAACACGAACCCAGAGCCAGGCAGAGUUAAAUCCGCACAGGCCGCUCAGCCUCGACUCACACAACCGACACACUAAAUCCCUCAGCCUGCCGUACAUGACCUCCCCCAUCCACGGGCCGGAGGAGUCCUGCUCUGAAGAGGAGGCUGCAGUGGAGGACAGCGAUGACAACGAUGUCAGCAGCGAGGAAGACGAAAGCAUGUUUGUUAAAAGCCUUCCCCCUGAUUUCUUCUUAAAUAAUUUGAGCUUUGAACCAGACACUCACGAACAGGACAGUUGCAAUCUAGAUGGAGUUCCUGCACAUCAAUCCCAGAGCUCUGCCGACAGAGGAUGCCAGUCACUGAACUUUGCAUUUUCUGCACGUAAAGAAUCAACUGUUGGGGAUCUGGAGCAGGUGGAAGGGAAAGAUAAGGGAGAAAAUGAUGCGCUGCAAGAAAAGGAGAUAACAAAGAAGGAAGAGGAAGCUCACUGGGGAAGAGAGCAACUGGAAAACAAUAGGCAAAGGGAAGCGACAGAGGAAGAUGUCAUGGAAGACCCUCCGAGUGACAAAGAACAAUCUCUCACUCCAGAGGCAUCGACGCACUGCUGCGAAGACUUCCCACUCCCGAGCGAUGACGAAUCGAGCACCGUUGCCGACCUAAAGGCGGAGGAGGAAGAGGAGGCGGACGUGUUUGACGAUCAUCACAGCGAUUACCCACCUCGUCACGACGUCCCGGAAGAAACCGAUGACGUUUCUUUAGAGGAGAACGGAGACUUUUCUGUAAGGGCAACAGAGCAGCCCCAAACCUGUGAUACCAAAGAGGGAGACGGGGAUGAGGGCGAGGACAGGGAGGUGUACAAAGACACAGAGGACGUAUGUCCCGGAAUGGUUCUGGAAAUAAAAGAAAGGGAUGAUGACAUGUGGGAAGAGACCACUGAGGGGGGCGUUGAAGUGAUAGCUGAAGAAAAACAUGAAGAAAUGAUGCAGGGAGGCGACAUAGAGCAUGAUGGUGCAAUUUGUAGGACAGGCGGGGACAUUUGGGUAGAACUUGAGGACGUUAUAUGUGAAUUGAUAGAGGAUAAGGAAAGCAAGCAGGUCGAGGCGAAGGGUGCAAGAGAAAGUGUCGGUGGGGAGGGAGACACGAUCGGAGAUGUCGGAGUCGGAGAAGAGGAAGAGCAGGUAGCAGAGAUUUCAGGAGAGGGAACGGUGGAAGUGGACGUGGAAGUGGAUGAAGAAGAUACGAACGAGACAGAAGUUAGAGAAGAGGUGGCGGAGGAAUCAAUGGAGACGGAUGAGGAAACGCUCACAGACGCAGAGAUGCAGCAGGAGUUUGGGGAACAAGAGACAAACGGACGACUUAUAGAGACGUGUGACCCGGAACAAGCCAUUGAUGGGAAGGAUGCGGUGAAUGAGGAAGCCCAGCAGCACGACAGAGUGGACAAAGAGAACCAUGACAAAGAGAGAGCCGCCGAGCAACGUAGAACACCGCCGAGCGUGGACGAACGGCUGAAAGAGGUCAGGCGCGAUGUGGAGGAGUCGAAAGAGGGCAGAAAGGGUGAGGGAAGUGCCAGCAGCCAAGGAGGAGUGGGAAGGAAGCUGGUCAUCUCCAAAAACCCGAGGGUCUACCAAGUAAAAGCCGUGCCGGUCGUGCCCCCGAAGCCGCAGCACUGCAAAAUCACCGCCCUGACCCUGCGGCAGCAGCAGCAGCAAAGAGACGCCGACAGAGAGAGGGAAAACACGGGCCGAGUCCCGGCGGAGCAGGGCAGAGGGUGCGAGGGAGACGGCGAAGACGACGGCGGGGGGAGAAAGGAGCCGCCGACACCCAGGGGAGGGGAGAAAGGAGAGAGGGACAGGAGAAGGGACGGGGAGGAAAGGGACGCCAGGGACACGAGCACAAACAGCCCCCUCAGCAUGUGUUUCGAUGAGGCGGUUGCCAUAGCAACCAUGAGGCGAGGGAAAGAGAAAGAGUGCGAGAAAGAGAAGGAGAGGCAGAAGGAUAGGGCAAAUGAAGUACAGUAGUAGUAUUUUUUUUGGUGUCUGUAUAUUGAUAUAUAGUGAUUUGACUGUACAAACUAUUUUUCUAUGUGUAGCAUAAUGGGCUGUAUUUUAAUUUUCCAAUACUGAGGAUGUAUUACCUUAUUCUCGAUGCAAUGCUAGCCUACUAAAGAUGUUAAGGUGAGUUUUAUUUUUUACAACACACAAACUUGAUGUGCAACCAAGA